AUGACGAACGCCGAGACUGCCAAAGCGAAGGCAAUUAGAGCUAGUAGAAGAGUUCAAGGUUUGGACGCAGAUCAACCUCCAGAACAAUCAGGUUCAACAGACACGACCAGAGUGAACGCAGAACCAGACAACCCUCCAGUUGCAGCAACUCAACUUGCAAUUGUCAGACACCCAGAACCAGAAAUCCCGACCGACCAAGUAGAUAGAAACGUCGACUAUAUAAAUGAUGAAGACGAAACCGAGGCUAUAACAACUUCCAACUCUCAAAACAAAGGAAAAUCGGUACCGAAAACCAACCAACACUUCAUAGCCCGCGUACCAAUUCCCUACCCGGUUGGACCUAUCAGAGAACCACAAUUAGAACAGCAAGACUCCUCUUCAGAUCAUGAUGAUCCAAACAACGACUUCCUAGACGAUGAAUCGGAAAGCGACUCUCAAAAGGAAUCACCAGAAAACGCGUCAUCAGAAAGCGAACCAAAGGGAAAAAUCUCCUCAGCAUCACUAGGAUCAUCAAAUGAAGAAGGUUCCGAUAGCUCAGACUCAAGCUCAUCCUCGAGCAGCGAAGAAACCAAAAGUGAAAGCGACUCAUCCAGCGAAGAGUCUGACGACUCUGAUCACAAGUCGAAGAAAGAUAAAAAGAGAAAGAAGAUGUCGAAAGUCAAGAAACAGCUUAAAGAGGCAAAAGACGAAAUAAGACAAUUAGGAAAGAUAGCACAAGGGAAACCUGCAAAGAAGCUUAAGAAAGGAAAGAAGAAAUCCAAAUCGUCAGGAAAGAAGAAACAAAAGAAGGGAAGAGGAAUUCAGGUAGAGAUAGGCGCAAUUCCAAAUUCAAACCUAGUCCAACUACAACCAUUCAGGAGAAAACAGAUGAAAAAGUUACAUUCGUCAAUCCCUCUUACGGUCUUUAAUCAAUCUUUCGCCUUAGCAGACAGCGAAGAGUAUGACAGACAACAUCACUCGUCGUCAUCCAAAACGACGAAGAACAAAGGCCUUGAUGCACCGUCCGAAUACAAGAUGAGCUAUGGAGAUUGGACUGAAAACAUAAGCCUCUUCAAACAAUAUUUAAUCAUGCACAAACACCCCGAAGUGGCAGAAAGGAUCAACUAUCAUAUUAAGAACGUAAAACAGAUAAAACGCUCGACCGAGUGCUGGAUGACUGCCCUACGGUACGACAUCUUAUGUCGAAAAGGUGUUUUCGUCGAAAGGGAGGAUAAGCAUCCCAUAAAAGAUAUAGGUUCCUUUAUGAAGAAGUAUGAAGAGAAGGCAAAAGAUAAGUCACUAAACUUUGGAGAGACGAACGGAGGAGAGUCAAAUCCUUACGCAAAAGGGGGGAAAUUAGAAUUCAAACACCCGGAGACCGGACAACCUAUAAACCAAACGUCCAGUCAACAUCAAACGGCUCAGACACAAAACCACCCAAUCGCGUCAAGCUCUAGAGACAACACCUUCAGAGGAAGACGAAGAGCAAUCAGAACUCCUAGACCACAACCGUAUCAACAGCAUCAUAACCCGUUCACAAACUACAACAACAACAAUACAAUAAACCCCUACUUAAGCCCUUACCAGCACUUUCCUACGUUUCAUCAAACCCCGUUACCCACGAGCCACUUAAGCUCCCAUAACCAACAUCCAACAAACAGUACGUCCAAAGGAGACACUCAGACAGGCAAUGCGAAUAACAUGGGUAGUGGCUUCAUAGCAAAUAGAGGGGGAAGAGGCUCUUGGAGAGGCGGUAGGGGAGGAGCAGGAAGACAAGGUCAACAAGAAACGUGA